AUGUUGAUUAAAGUUAAGACUCUUACAGGGAAAGAAAUUGAAAUAGAUAUAGAGCCUACAGAUAAAGUUGAAAGGAUCAAAGAAAGAGUUGAAGAAAAAGAAGGCAUUCCACCACAACAACAGCGGCUAAUUUUUUCGGGAAAACAAAUGAACGACGAAAAAACAGCGCAAGAUUACAAAGUGCAAGGCGGAUCAGUUCUUCAUCUGGUGUUAGCGCUGCGAGGGGGAAAGUGA